AUGGUCUCUUUGCACACAUUCAAUUUAUGGUCGAGAACUGCCGAAAAACUGUCCGCUGACCGCAUUUCUACAGGUUUUUCAGAGAUUAAAACUUUUGAAGAAAGUGAAAACGUUUCAGAAGUGAUUUUGGCGCAUGUUCCGUGUCAAGAAAAUGCCGAUUUUUGUCAGGGACUCAACGCCGAAGAUUUCCACACUGUCGUUUCGUACAGGUUUCGCAAAGCAAUAGGGAACGUUCUCUUUAGAGCGCAUUUUGCAGAAACGGUCAAAACAAUGGUAAAACGGAAAACCUCGGCGACGAAGAGUAUUAUGCGAGAUGGAUCGAGUUGUAAGUGAAAACUCGGCCACGGCCACGGUUUUGCGAGAGAGCAAUUUUCAGAGUUCUCGCGGGAAACAUUCAAAAAAUCGAUUCUGAAUCUCAAUUGGCGGAGCUGAAAAAAGGCGUUUUUAUGGGUAAAAAACGAAUGUCGGUGACGAUCGGAAUUUUCGGAUCCGAAGAAGACACCUCACUUCAACACUUGAGAAUCGCCUCGGAGAAAUUGGCCGGCAAAUAUUAUUUGGCCUAUUUCAUCAAUAAAAAGUUUGUUUGUGAUAAAAAUGAUUUUCAAAUGGCGAUUUUCAGUGCAAAACCAUCGGUGACCACUUAUCGAUCGGCGGAAAAACAGAAGCGAACUGAUUAUUCGGGGAAAUUCGAUCCGGCCACACUUAUGGAGUUUCUGACCAAAUCCUCUCUACCAUCUAUUGUAAGAAAAUUCUAGAAAAGUCAAAAGCAGGGUAGCUUAUCGAACUCGAUUGCAAUCUAAUUAGAAGAGUUUGCAAUCUAAGAAGAAAAAGCUCUAUUUCGCAAUCUAAUCAGAUUUAAUUGAAAUUCCAGUAAAAUCGUAUUAGAUUACAAUAUAUUUUUCCUGAAUUGCAAUCUAAUAAGAAAAAUUGGAAUCUAAUUAGAAAACAUUGAAAACUAAUUAGAAAAAUUGCAGUGAUUGCAAUCUAAUUAGAAGAUUUUGCAAUCUAAUUGAAGCAAAUUCUAUUUCAAACGAGUUCGUAUUAGAUUGCAAAGUUUUCUAAUUAGAUUGCGAUCGAAUUCCCAGAGGGCCCGUGAAUUUGUACAGUGUUAAAAAAGUUUUUGACAAAUCUUUACACCUAGGCCUUCAUUUUACUAGUUGGCAACUUUUUCUGUACUGUAGCCACGGUGAUUUUUUCUGGGGGCGCAGUGGAGAGAGGAAGAAAGUUCGGCCCUCGUCCCUUGAACUGUCGGCUGCUUAUUUCGCCGGUCGCUUCCCCGCGCGCGCCAAAACUUUUGAUGCGUGCUGUUCGAAGAAUACUGAUUCAUUUUUCCCAAUUUUUUUGGAAAUGAGUUCAUUAUAAUUGAAACUCGCAGAAACGUCUAGGGGUGACUGCCAAAACAGCUUUUUUUCAAAAUAACACUGCUCAUGCGUGCUUUUUGUGUAUCUUUGUUAGUUUUUUUACAUCAUAAUGAACUCAUUUCCAAAAAAUCAAGUAAAAUGAAUCAGUAUUCAUCCGACGGCACGCAUCUUCGGCCAUGUUGUACAAAAAGUUGUCAAAAAGGAAAAUAAAGUUCUAGGUAUGAAGCGUUGCUUGAAACUAUACGAUCACUCUAAAUUUGUUUACGCUCACGCAAAGCUUUCACCCCAAACUUUUGCAGAUCGACAUAACCGCCGGCUUCUCAACAGAUCUGCUUUUCCAUCAGAAACGGCCGAUUCUGAUUCUGAUCGGACCGGAGCCAUCGGAUUCGUUCGUGAAGUUGUCCGCCCGUCAGGACGCCCGAAAGUCGUACAUUUUCACGAGAAUUUCAACGGAUUCGCAGAACGGAAACGUCAAAAAAUGUCUGGAAGCACUCGGAGUCGAGGAGAACGAAUCGACCGUUCUGAUUUUGAAUAAGGUAAUCAGUAACGCACUUUUGUAUAAUAAUAAUAAUAGAAUUUUAAGUUAUAAUUUAUAACGUUUAGGAUCGCAUCCAUAAAAUCCCAACAUCAAAAGCGAAAUGCCCGGAUCACCUCCACAAAUUGAUUCGAAGCAUUUCAACCGGAGAAGCCGACAGUAAGCUAAAUUAGAGACCUAGAAAUUAAAAACCAACCAUUAUUGCAGAAGUGCUCUCCACAAAAUCGGCUCAUCCGUUGCGGUACCUGCAAGUGGGACACGUGAAUAAAUUGUUCGGGUUCGAGGAGACGGUGGUCCUGCCCGAUCACACCCUGUUUUUGGAUUCCGAUGUAAAAAAGAAUUGCGCUCUCAAAACUUCAAAUAAUUUUGCUUUUCAGCCCUUCGCCCGUCAUCCGCCGAUCGCUGCUGGUGCCGGAACCGGCGGAUGUCCGUUCAUGCAGGGAGGCGGGGCGACGGAAAACGGCGCCGGCGCUCACACCGAGCUUUGA